AUGGUCGAUUCUCUUCCAUUAACUGCUCCUUUGUUAGCCGUCAAAACCAGAGCUUGUACCCUCACUCAAACGCAGGCUACCUGGAAUUCCACAUCCACUGCUACGCCAUCUUCACCAAUUCUCAGCGAUAGCACCAUGCCGUUCACCAUCUCCACUACUCAUUCCUCCGCUCCUGUCGACCCUUUCUUCUCGGCGCAUUCGUCGCAUUGCCGAACACUUUCUCAUUUCUCGCAGUUUCAGCAAUUACCCACCGAGCUACGCUGUGAAAUUUACGCUCUUGCUCUCCAAUCUCGGACCCUCGUCAUUCACUACGAUAGCAGCUCUAACUCCUUCAACUCUCCCACUGCCCACCCUACCCUUUUGUCGACAUGUCGGGAAUCGCGAAUCGUCGCUCAAAAACACUACAGUCUUGCUUUCGCCACCUCUACUUCGCCUGCUAGAAUAUACUUUAAUCCCUAUCUCGACACCCUCUAUUUACCGCGAUGUGGCGAAAUGGGAUAUGACGAAAACUUCAGAAUACUUAGAGACCUUAUUGUCGAAGAUAGACAGAUUGAGACUACCGGUCACCUUUCGGAAGCGCCAAACCCGGCAUCCUGCUUCGAUCAAUUACGCUGUGUGGCUAUAGAUCACGUUGAUCCACGAAUUAAGCGACCUUGGGAAGGAUACAACAAGGCAUCUUUCCUCCGUAGCUUUCCACGACUGGAAGAGCUUAUACUGGUGCUCUCGUCCGAAGAAGAAAAUGAAGCACCACCAUCUCCAAUAAGUCCGAUAAAUACCAAAGCCCCUGAUUAUGAUAUAACCACUGCCUUCCGGGAUCCCCGGCUUCCACCCGAAGCAAUCUUGCAGAUAUGGUGGGAUUUUCGUCAACUGUUUGCUAUGGAGGAGCACAUGUUGGAGCAGGUGUGUAACGACUUGGGAAAGAAGUAUGAGGGGUUUUCUCUACCAACUGUUAGGGUGAGGGGCAAGGUGGUCAAGAAGAAGGCGACCAAUGGGAAUAGAACUAGUGAAAUGAUAACGAUAUAA